GUAAACCAUAUUUUCGAUCAGGUCUGCAAACUGCUUCACCGAAAUCGUCCAGAGACCAGCGGAACUUCAUGGCAUUAAAGGGUAAAAAGCGAACGGCUCCCGCUGCUAAAGCACCCUCAAAAAAGCGAAAGCUUCAGGCGAACAGCAAACCAAGGACCGGUACAACACAAUCAAAGAAAGGCAAGGAGCGAGCCGCGGACAGAGGCUAUAUCGAAGUGCCCGGAAACCACGAUGACGCGGAUACCGAAGAUGGCGAUCUCUCCGAAGAGGAUGCUGGUCUCCUCCAGGAGUUUGGAGAUGGUGCUGGAUUCCUAAAUACACUUGAUCGAAAAGGCAUAUCAACGAGCAAGAAGGAGACUGAGCGUCUGAAACGAUUGAACAAGCCAGCCCGCAAACCAAAGGUGGACGAUGACUUGCCGUCAAUAGACUCUCAUGAUGAGGACGAAGAAGCCUGGAGCUCUGGUAUUGAAGAUGAAGCGGACACGAUUUCCCGGUCUUCUGUCAACAACAGCGAACAAGACUUAUCCAGUGAAGAUGAUCUAGAUUCCGACGCCGAGAUGUCUUAUGAACGUGUUCCUCGGAAGGUUCAAGAAUCACGCGAGUCAAAGAUAGACCGCCACAUUCAAGGGCUGCCAAUAAAAUCAGCGGAUGGGCGAAUCCAUUCAACAGGCAUGAAAAUUGCAGCUCCUCCAUCGUCAGACGAAGAAGACAGUGCCACCGACGAAUUCGCGGAGGAGCAAGAAAUACCCGUUGAAGUAAAUAGAAUAGAUGAUGUCGCGACUGGUGCACGUUUUGGCCGUCCCGCCGUCAUCGACGUUGUUGGAAACAAAUCACGAACAGCUCGGAUACAGGGUGCUAAAGACCAGAUUGCCACCAUCUGCCAGGAAAUAAUUGCAGAGCCAGAAAAUAGCUUAGGGUUACUUCGCCGCCUUCAUACUUUCUCCCUGGAGAAAAUUACGUCUCCUUCUCACCCAGAACCGGUUCUAAACCAUAUCAUCAUCCGGAAGCUAGCUAUACUUUCACAGCUUGCUGUGUUCAAGGACACAAUACCGGGCUACCGGAUACGAGCGUUGACCGAAAAAGAAAAGACUGAAAAAGUUAGCCAGAUGGUAGCCCGUACCCGAGAAUGGGAGCAGGGUUUUGUGCUAGUGUAUCAAAAUUACCUCCGCUCGCUUGAAGCUGAACUCAAAGCCAAAAGCGAACUAGCAGAGGUUGCGCUUAAAUGUAUGUGCACCCUGGCCACUGAAGUCACCCACUUCAAUUUUAGAACCAACUUGAUAACAUGCAUUGUGGCGCGCUUGAGCAAGAAGUCGUGGGAUGAGGCUUCUGAUCUAUGUAUGAACACAUUGAUCAGUAUUUUCCGCCAGGACCAAACUGGUGCUCCUUCCCUAGAAGCCGUCCAGCUUCUAAACCGUAUGACUAAAGAAAGGCACUUUAAUGUGCACCCUGAAGUACUUACGUGUCUUCUGCAUCUUCGCCUCAAGACAGAACUCAAUAUCCGCGCGUCAGACUCUAAGGUAGAUAAACACAUGCAGUCGAAAGGCAAGGCUGCGGCCCGACGAGCUAAGGGCAAAGCGACCGAACAACCCCAUCUUAGUAAGAAGGCGCAAAAAGUCCUAAAAGAACGGAAGGAAAUCGAACGGGAAAUGCGGGACGCAGAAGCAGAAGUUGACAAAGAGGAACGAGCAAAUAUACACACUGAGACCCUGAAACUUCUAUUCGUUUUGUAUUUCCGGAUACUCAAGCAUCCCCGCCCGACAUCCCUUCUGCCGGCGGCCUUGCGAGGCAUUUCCAAAUUUGCUCAUCUUAUCAAUAUCGACUUCUUCAAAGAUCUGAUGCAGGUCCUGAAGGAUCUUAUUCUCCGCGAUGCCCCGGAGGAGGACCCCAGCGCUGACUCGGAAUCAUUUCGUGUUGGCGCCACUACCGACAUUCAACACCGCCUACUGUGUAUCGUAACCGCGUUUGAGCUACUCUCAGGACAAGGUGAAGCGCUCAAUAUCGACCUUACCGACUUCAUCAAUCAUUUAUAUGCCAUCAUACUGCCGGUCAGCAUAUCGAUGCAAGUCGACGAGCCUCCACCGAGUGCGUUCGUCUCAAAUUUCGGCAACUCAAAACCUCCAUCCACCGCUGACAUGCUCUUCCGAGCCCUGAAUAUCGUAUUUUCUCCGCGCAGUUCGGGAAAUACGGCAAUGCAUUGGAGAUCGGCAGCGUUUAGUAAACGCUUGUUGAUUGCGUCACUCAAUUGGCCCCCGAGUGCCGCCCUCCGGGCUCUAGAAUUUGUGGAAAGUUUGGUCGCCAAGGAUCCGAAACUCGAAGCGUUAUUGUCGACUGAAGAUAGGCGAGUUGAUGGUGUAUACCGCCCUGAAGUGGACGACCCUCAGUUAUGCCAUCCGUUUGGGACGUGUUUCUGGGAACUGUCCCUGCUGCAACAGCACCAUUACGAUAGUCGAGUGCGAGACGCCGCGCGCAGUUUGUCCAAUUAUACAAGAUCGUAACAACACGUAAAAUUUCAUACAUAUUAUGGUGCGCAGUAAGUCGUACACGGUAUCUACAAUAGCAUGCAGCAAAUGAUGGAAGAUACAUGUUUAAAUUUAACCAAAGCAGAUU